AUUCAACUUCAACUACUCAGGUAAAAAUGGCUUCUUUCCACGAUGCACAAGAGUUCCGGGAUAACCAAGGUGAAGACGAAGGGGUUGAUGUGAUCUCAGCGGAGCCGAUUGCCAUGAUAGUGCUGCCGGAGUUACAAGACUCGCCCAGAACCGCUACGUCGGAGAGCAGUGCUAGUUCGAGCGCAGGCGGUGCAACGGAGGUGGUAGUGUUUGAGGGGUGGGAGAGCAAGGUUCUUAGUGGAAGACUGGACAACCUCCAUAAAGCCCCCAAAACCCUACCGGCCGGAUUUAGGUUCAGGGUGGCUCUGCACCACGAAGUUGCAGAUGGGGCGGCCACGGUGAAGGGGUAUAAGAAACUAGAGCAAAUGGUGAGGCGAUUCCAGAUCCCCAGAACCAUCUUGAUCCGAGCUGGGACACCAAAUGAAAGGGCGUGCUCAGUGUCGAGGACGGGCUGGGUGCUAGUGUACGUAGACCAUUUUGACGCCGAUCUAUGUUUUCCUCUGCCCGAACUAAUUUUUGAUGUCCUGGCAGAGUGCGAGCUGGCCCUUUCGCAACUUACUCCCAACAGCAUAAAGUUCAUCAUAGGCUUUAUGCUGUUAUGCGAAAGGCUAGGGAUGCCUGCCAAGGCGGUGGUCUUUAGGUCGCUCUUCCUGUGCCGUUUGUGCUCGUCCACCAGUGGGACGAGAUGGUACUACAUCUCGGGAAGAGAGAAGAUGAUGAUAUUCACCAAUAUUAGAAAUAAGCUGACAAGUGGUGAUGUCGACCUGAAGAACUGGCUGCUCGACUAUGUCAAGGCGAAGGGUUUGGUGGACUUGGAAGCCUUGGCUACCCGGGACCAGAUCGCACUUCUUGGGAGAAAUGAGCAGCAUUCUGGAGAGGCAGCGCCAGAAAGCACAAGGCUCACGGGGCCAGGAGCUGGGGUCGGGAGCUGGGGUAGGGGAGCUAGGUCCGGCUCCCAGCGUCAGUCCCGUUUUGACGAGCGGCCACCUGCUGCACCGGGGCGCAGCUCACAGCACCGGAGUUCCAGCUUGGUGCAGAGGCCACGUGCCGAGCAAAGAGUUGAGCUUACGCCCUCUAACUCCAGAAGGCGUGCAAGGGAGGAGUUUGACGCAGAGGAUGACGUUCCACUCAUCCAGCGAAGGACGAGCACCGGCUCGCAGCCCGCCCCAGUCGCUGCUGCGCGACUUGCCAACGUGCCCCAAGCGUCGGUUCGCGAGGUUACUGAGGCCGCACCAGCCUCGUCGUCUGUGGCGGGGCCGAGGAUUGCAUACCCGGACGGCUUCAGUUACGUCCGGACUGAGUGCCAGACUGCUAUGCUGCAGGGUAUGCAUAACUUUGUGCCUCCUGCAGAACGGCUGCGCGCAAAGGGGCACAUUCAGCAGCAUGGGAGACAUGCUGCCUUAAUCAAGCUGAUGGAUGCGUUUAGCUACACUGUCGUGCUCUUCCAGUGCGACUCGGAGAUGGCCAACCGAGCAGCGUCAGCAGAGAGCCGAGCUGACGAGUUGGCCCGUAAGGUAGAUGAGCUGAAGGAGGAGUUCCAACGAGCUCAAGUGGAGAAGGACACCGGCAUCCAGGCUGCUAAGGAGGAGCUCGGGCUUGCAGAGGAACGAGCUAGGAAGGCAGAAUCUGAAAAAGAGAAGACUCUACACGAGCUGAGCGCCCUGAGGGAGAGGGUGUCGCAAGCCGACCAGCAUGUCGCCCGAGCUGAGGCGUCCCUGGAGAAGAUGUUUCAGGACGCCGUAGUAGUGGCUUUCGCCAACACCACCACGGACAUUUUCAAUGAAGUUCGUGGAAAGGUGCUGGGAGUCCGGGCUGACUUUCCCAUCGGUGAGCUGGCCUUCUUCGAGGGCGAGGAGAUUGACAAUGAAGGGAAAAGCCUCGCCCCUUCAGCUGACACCAGGGUAAGGUUGAAAUGGGAGCUCAAUGAGGAGGGGCUACCUAUAUGGCCCCCCUCUAUCAUUGAAGAGGGGGAGGACACGGAGGGGUUGCCAAGCUUUGAUGCUUGGGUGGCAGACCCCCAUGAUGUGCGUGCUGAGCCUUCAAGCACUCCCCCAUCUGCUUAGCCUCAGCCUGCCCAGGCCGCUGCUCCUGCUCUAUCUCCUCCAGAUCGGUCAUCUCCGGCUCGGUCUGCUUCUGCGCCCAACGACGCAUCUAUCCCCGUCGACCUGACGGACGACUAGCUUAGGAUUUUCUACUCUUUCUUUUGUAUUUCUUUUUGUAUUUUUGGGUUAAUCAAUCAACUCAUUUACC